CAGCGUGCGAUCCCUCGGGAGCCAGAGCCGAGCCUCCUCCAGCCCCGCCACACGCAGCCCUCCAGCCGACGCCAUGGUGCAGUGGACAGCCGAAGAGAAGCAGCUCAUCACCGGCCUCUGGGGCAAGGUCAACGUCGCCGACUGCGGCGCCGAGGCCCUGGCCAGGCUGCUGAUCGUCUACCCCUGGACCCAGAGGUUCUUCGCUUCCUUCGGGAACCUGUCCGGUGCCACCGCCAUCCUCGGCAACCCCAUGGUCCGCGCCCACGGCAAGAAGGUGCUCACCUCCUUCGGGGACGCCGUCAAGAACCUGGACAGCAUCAAGAACACCUUCGCCCAGCUGUCCGAGCUGCACUGCGACAAGCUGCACGUGGACCCCGAGAACUUCAGGCUCCUGGGUGACAUCCUGAUCAUCGUCCUGGCCGCCCACUUCGGCAAGGAUUUCACCCCCGACUGCCAGGCUGCCUGGCAGAAGCUGGUGCGUGUGGUGGCCCACGCCCUGGCCCGCAAGUACCACUGAGCAGCGCAGGAAGGCCCCGGCAGCCCCGCGCCCCGCGCCCGCUGCCCCCGGAGCCACUUCCAACAGCAAAUAAAGCUCAUCCUGUGAAGCCU